CGGUUGUAUAGCAACAGAACAUUUGUUAUUUCAACAGCUAGUUUUUGUUAAUAUAACAGAAUUUUUUUUCAGUGCUGUUAUGCACAUUCUCUUAAUUUAGCUGUACAGGAUAAUCUAAAAUAAGAUUGUCUGCAUAAUAUUUCGAAGAGAUGCAAAGAAAUCGUGAUUUUUGUAAAACAAAGUAAUGUAGCUUCUGAUAUGUUUAAAUACUUUCAAAUAAAAGAUUUUGAAACAGAUAUCAGAAGUGAUACGGAAAAGAGAACUCCCUAUAAACUUAUACAAGAAGUACCAACCCGUUGGAAUAAUUUUCUGUAUAUGAUUACAAGGAUCCUCGAAACAAGUAGUGCUCUCAAUCAAACUAUUUUAAAAAUGAGUAAAGCUCCUUCUCCUUUAACAAAUGAUGUACUAACAAUUUUAAAGCUAAAGAAGACUUUGGUUUGUAUUAGUGAAGCUACAGAUAGGAUUCAGGGCACAAACUAUGUCACAGUUUCAUUGAUUUAUUCUAAUGACUUUCGGAAUUUACAACAAUUUGUUAAAAACCAGUACCAUUUUAAUUACAAAUGAGGGAAAAUUAUUUGGUAAUAGUUUGAUCGAGUCUGUUAAAAAAAGAGUUUUUGUUUAUGAAACAAGAUCUGUGACCAGAAUCUCCAUAUUUUGGAUCCAAGAUUUAAGAAAGAGGGUUUUCGUAAUCAAGAAAAUGCAACCCAAGCAGCGAAAUUUUUGGAACAAGAAAUGAAUUGUAUUUGGAGGUCCGUAAUAGAUAAAGAAAAUGAUUUACCUCAAAAUUAUCAAAUUGCUAGAAAGGCCACAACUUCACUAUUUUUAUUUACGGAAGAGCGGAUUAACGAAAAGUCCAAAAGUGUAGCUGCUGAUGUAAUUAUCAGAAAAAGGCAAUAUUUGGAAAUAUCUAAUGCUUCGGAGCAAACAGACCCUCUGUAACGUGAUACUUGAUAUUUUAUCUAUUUGUUAUAAUGUGUUUAAGCUCAAUUGAUUGGGCGUGGAUUAGGUUAUUAAAUAACUCGAAUAACUUUGAAAAAGAAGUUGGGCACCACUAUAUUUAAAACUUAC